CUGGGCUAUUCUUCUCCACGUCUGAACUGCUCUACGCAUGAUUAAUGACAGUUAAUUCAUGGUUGUCUGUAACUAAUCAGCACAUUGUAAUGAAAACAUCGCCAGCAGUCGCACAAAACACAUUUACCUCGCCUAGUCUUACUAUGAUCUGGAUCGUAUUCCUCACACUCUGUUCCAUUGUGCUUGGGGUGUUAUGGGUAUUUCACCUAUACCGACCCAGGUCCCCCAUGAAACAAGAUAUUAACAUACGACCCAUAAAACGAAUUUCUCAAAAAGGAGGCGUUAACCUUGUUCAGGUGAAUCCGGAAAUGACGGAAGAGAACACCGACAUUGAUAUCAUCGCCAUCCAUGGUCUCGAUACAACAUCGGCUACCACGUGGACCUGGAAAGAUGGGACCAACUGGCUAAAGGAGGUGGAGAUGCUUCCGAGUCAAGUAGGUCCAGCCCGGAUCUUCACAUGUGACUGGCCCGCCGACCGAUUUGAACCAUCUGAUAUAGUUCAAGCUACACUUCAGGUCCACGGCCGACGUCUUUUGGAUGGUAUUCAACAGCAUCUCUCGCAUGCAGACGACACAAGAAAAACUAGUCGGCCCCUUUUCUUCAUCGCAUCGUGUUUAGGCGGUAUCAUCCUGGCGCAGGCUCUCGUGGAUGCGAAUGAUAUCGGAAGUAACUACCGUCAUAUUCGAGAAGCUACUCGCGGAAUUAUUUUUUUAGCAACGCCCUUCAGAGGAACAUCAUUUGGGAAAAUAGCUCCUUGGGCCAUGCCGUGUCUAGAGGCCUUGGCUAAUUUUCAAAGUAAACGCGUCAACAAUCUUUUCAACAAUGUCAAGAAAUCCAGCUUAGAGGAACUUCUAUGGAAGUUUACGGGAAUCUGUCAAGACCGAGAUUUCCCCUACAUUAUAUCAACAUGCUACGAAACGAAGAAAACCAUGCUCCCUUCGGGGAGAUGGUAUUCCAGAUGGCUUCCCAGGUUGCUCUCUGUCAACGAGGUGCUGGUCACUAAGUCUUCAGCAAGCUUAGACUUUGUUCCCGAACCUUUGGAGCUACGUCGUAAGCAUAGAGAUAUGAAUAAGUUCGAGAAUCACAAUUGUAAAGAUUACAGAGCUGUUGUUCAUCGAAUCCGUUGCAUACUUGCCGCCAUCCGAGCAGGUACGCCCCUGCAGCAGGUGGAUAAAUGGCUCAAUAGUCGGCACUACAACGACGAGAAGCUUCAGAUUGAGCGGCUCUCUGGAGAUUUACUCCCAAUGAAGGACUGUUAUAUCAAUCUGGCUAUCGUGGAAAGACCUAGCCACGCCGAAAGUGCCUUCCCAGAUAGAGGCAACAAUCGUGACACACUAUUCCAAAUAUCCCAAUUCACACGUCAGAGUCGCCUCGAGGUCGAAACGCCGGAAAAAGGUAACCAGGCUGACUUGGCGACUCUCUUCAGCCCCCAUGAAUUUACAGACGGUACGAAUAUCAUGCCGAAACGAAUACUCAUUCAUGGGCGCGCCGGCAUAGGGAAGACUACGUUAUGCAAGAAGAUUGUGUCCGAAUUUCGGGAUGGUCAAUGGCCUGAAUGGAACCAGUUAUUUGACCGCGUUCUUUGGAUACCGCUGCGUAAUCUGAAACUCUCAGAGCGUCGAGUAAGGGGAUACGGUUUAAAAGAUCUCUUUUAUGAUGAGUUUUUCUCGAAAGGGGCCAGAGAGGACCUUGCUGAAGCAUUAAUCGACUCUCUCGCGGCUGGAAAGACUUUGUUUCUCCUUGACGGUUUAGAUGAGGUGGCUCAAGACUUGAGUAGCAACGAUGCUAUGAGCACUAUGCUUCGCGAACAGCUGUUAAAGAUGCCGAAUGUAAUAAUCACAUCGCGGCCAUAUCCACGUCUGCCUGACAACAUACAUCUUGAGUUAGAAACCAUUGGAUUUUAUCCAAAUCAAAUAACUCAGUAUAUGCAAGCAAGUCUGGGCGAACAGGAAGCCAACCAGAUGCAGCUAUUCUUUCGAAGCCAUCCACUCAUGCACAGUCUUAUGAGGAUCCCAAUUCAACUCGAUGCUUUCUGCUUCCUCUGGGCAAAAGACAACUCAAAUUUGAAGACCGUCAAAACUAUGACAGAUGUAUACCAGGCCAUUGAACUGGGUCUGUGGAAAAGAGAUAUUCUACGACUGGGAAAGAGGCACGAAGGUGAGCUCGUAGCUCCUGGCCAUCUAGAGUCAUCUGGCUGGCAAGAACUUGAGCCUUACAUUGAGGAAGAAGAGUUAUUCCUUGAGCGCCUGGCCUCUGCUGGACUUUACCAUGGUAUUAUUGAAUUCAACAAGAGGCAUCUAAAUGAUGCCCUGAAACAUUCAGGCCUCUUGUUCGAUAGGACUGUUCCGCAUCUAUCUUUCCUACGCACCUCAGACCCAUCUCAAAGUGCCAAUAACAGAAAGUAUCAUUUCAUACAUCUAACCUAUCAAGAAUACUUUGCAGCAAAGUAUUUCGUACGGCAGUAUGUCAAUGGGAAUAAUUGGAUGUACUGCGGAGGCCAAACUUACGAAGGCGAUGAGAAUACCAACGGUCUGAGGGCUGUGGGCCUAUUUCGAGAACACAAAUACAGUGCACACUACGAUAUGGUAUGGCGCUUUACUGCGGGCUUGCUUGAUUCUCCAAGGGUAUCCGAUUUCUUUGAAGAAAUGGACAAAAGUCCUCUCGAUCUUGUGGGGCCAGUACACCAAAGAUUGGUUAUGAAUUGCUUGAGUGAGGCGAAUACCAGUAAAUGCCAAGAUAUCAGACAAGAUUUGGAAGCCAAACUAUCAGAGUGGCUACUUCUUGAAUGUGACUUGAUACGUGUGUUGCGAUUGCUUUCACGCCCUGCACCAGCAUCCGGGUUGUUCAAUCCUCUACAUUAUUCGCCACUGAUCACUGAAUCAUUUCCUGAAAGGUCUCUAUCAGAAGCUCUGAAGAAAGGUACCAUCAUUCAGCGGAUGGAUAUCCUUAAAGCGCUUCAGUUUCAUGGAACAUACCUAUCGGGAGUCAAAAUCAAAGAUGUGAAAGGGCUAUUAAGAUACAAUAGGUAUGGUGAGAGAUACUUUAUCUUUUGCACCCUAAAAAAUCAAUCGAAUCUACCACAAGAUAUUCUCGACUAUAUUUUGUCAUAUUGGGAUGUGACCCAAGAAGAAGAGUCCAAGCGAAUGAGAAGAGAGCCUCAGUACAGGAAAAUUUCGUCUCUAAUUGCCGAUACCAUAGGGAUGCAGUUGACCUUGCGCCCAAAAAUUACCAAAGAGUUAAUGGAGUUAGUCCAAGGUGGUGAUAUGUUUAGGAGGAAACUCGCUUCUCGUGCCCUGAGUCAUCGAUCAGACUUAAGGGGGAAUGUCACAAUACUGCUAACUUUUCUUGAGAAGAUAAGCAGUGGACAGUGCAGCGACAGACAGCUUUACGAUGCCAUCUUUUUUGCCUUGAAUGGCACAUCAAGCUUUCCAAAAGAAUCCAUUAUUAUUCUUCACAGAUUACUCGGAUCCGCAGACUACGACGUUUCGGAUGAUGCCGUAACAAUUCUAGCGAGGGGAUCCCAUUUUUCAGACGAAUUUGCCGCAUAUAUUAUAAGAACGCUCCAAGUCAAUCAUGAUCAGAAGUCGCGUUGGUGUGCCCUUGACGCUUUGCAUAAACAUACAAACUUGCCAGUGCGGAUUGUUGAAAUUCUCGUACAGAUGUUGGAAAAUGCACCAGACCCUUGUACUCGACAGAAGGCCGCUACAACUAUCGCCAUACAGUCAAGUAUAUUGCCUCAAAUAAGAACAUCUCUUAAAAGUCUUACCGCAAAUUCAGACGCGCUGAUUAGGCUCUACGCCUCUAUAGCUUUGAACGAACAAGUAGAAUGGAUAUGUCAGGGAACAUUAUAGCACUAGGGUAGAAGUUACCCCGAAGGGUGGGGAUAACGUAGAAGUUAGCUAUAUAAAGGUAUCCAAGCUCCCUCUUUAUAUUUAAGGAGCUAGGAAUUAAUAAUAUUAAGCCUUUACCUAUACUUUUAACUUAUUUACUUUUUA